AUGAUUUCACAAUUACAAAUAUCUCAGGAUAAGAAACCUGUGAAAAAGAUAUUGAUACUACCUCGCAUUGAAAGAGCACUAGUUCUAUGUGGUGAAAUAGCUAACGUAUACUCUAUCCCUGAACUAUCACCAUCGCAUAUUGGUAAAUUAAAGAGAAUAGUUGACUUGCUGUACUUGUCUAGUCAUUCUGCUUCAAAAAAUUCUGAAGUACAACCUGGUACUGAUUAUGAGGAGGUUCUAAUUUUAACAGAUGAUAAAAUUAGAGUCAUUCAAGUUAGCACAAAACAGAUUAAAUUACUCAAGGAUAUAAGCUAUUCCAAGGCCAUAAAAUGUGCAGCAUUUAGUUCUUUGAAUAUGCUGGAUCGUAGCUCUUUGGCAGUCGUAGCAAAUGACAAAAAUUAUGAUAUAAUUGACUUGAAGCAGACUCGUAAGGUUCCUUUACUUGAUUAUCAUAUCAAUACAGAUGAUGGAAUUAAUCCACAGAUCGUCCCUUUUUUUCCAAGUGAUGAUGAAACUAGUGAAGAAUUGUUGCUUACAAUCAAGUCAGAUGAAUCUACGUCUAUGUCGAUGUUUAUCAAUUCCUCUGGUGAUGUAACACGAGGAACAUUAUUAUGGCCUAGCUGCGAACACCCCUCUAAUGGUGUUGCAGUUGAAUGGCCCUAUGUGUUUGCUAUAUGCAAAUCAAAUGAUAGAGAGAGUAAGAUGAUCGUUGCCUCUUUAAUUUCAUUGGAAACUGAAUUUGGAUGCCCCAUUCAAAAUCUUUUGAAUAAUGCGGCGAGCCGAAGUGAUGCAACAGUUGUGGUGGUAGAUUCCUCACAGAUUACAAAGAAAGAAAUUGAAUCAGCUGAGAUCAAUGAUGCGACGGAAGUUUCAACGAAAGAAUUAGAGAGUGAUGGUGCACCACCAAAACCUUCUUCAAAAUCUGAAGAUGAUCUUACUGAAAGAAAAGAUAAAGAAUACAAAAUAUUGAAAUUAUACCAAAGCAUACAGUUCAAUGAUAAUGAGCUUUCGAAUCUUCUAAAUAAAAUGGAUAUAAAAGGUGGCUCUGUUCUGCAUUCAACUUCAAGUUACAAAAUUGAGAGCACUACGGUAGUAUACAAAGAAAACAGUAUUUGGAUAAUGUAUGAAAUUAAUCAGAUAAUUACUUUGACAAAGAAGAUUCAUGAAAUGUCGUUAGACUCUUCUAAUUUAGAAGAAAUAAAAAAUAUAUCAAACCAGUUGAAAGAUAUUAUUCCAAAAUGUACAUAUGAAUUAUAUGACUAUUCCACUCAACUCCUUUUCUUGUUAUACCUUCGGGAAGGUAGUUAUAGCAAGUGCAUUCAGCUAGCGUUUCAAAAGAUAGAAAAUAAUUCGAGCAACACUUCAAAGUUAAAUCUUGACCCAAGAUUUAUAAUAUUUAUUCUUGACAAUAUUCAGCAUAAUGACGCAUUACUACUGAACUUUCAAAUAUUUACAGAAUUACGGGAUAUAAGUCAACAAUUUUUUGGCAAAACUACUCAAAACGGCCUUUUAAUUGACUAUGUGGAGAAGCUCUAUACUGAAUUUUUAAUCAACACCGAUAAUACAGACGAUGUGCUUUUACAAUAUUCUCGUAUGAAAUUGUAUGAAAAAAAAUUAGCCUCGAGUAAGCUUUUAAUUGAUUUUAUAGACCACUAUGAUAAGAAUAUGUGGAAGGUUAAAGGAUUAACGAACGAUUCCAUCCUAAAGCUUUUAAAAGAUAGCGAAAGUUAUUUUGGUUUAUUACAGGUGUACCUCAUAUUGAUUGACAAUUCAGAUAAAAUGUUUAAAGUGGAAAUAUCUAAAGAAAUAUGUGAUAUAUGUUUGAAGUUAUUGAAUGAGGAAUUAAGUGAUCCAGAUGUAAAGGAGCCCCUAACCUCUGAAAUUAAUUUUGGCAAUGUUUCUUUUAAUUUGUUAGAAUUAAUUUUAUCACAGCUUAAAGAAAAUUUACAAGAUGAAAAGGCCUACUCAAAAUAUUUGCUUGAAGUGUUGAAACUUGAUCCUUCUGUUGCUUUAAAAUUCAUGAAAGCAAAUAAUAAUAAGCAAAAGGCAACACAUAAAAGAAUUAUGGAAGAAAUGCCCCAAUCAUUUUCCAAAGAAGUAGACUUUUCACGUUUACGCUUAGAGUAUAUGGAAUCUAGUUUUUUAGAGACCUUGGAAACAGAUCUAGAUUUAGAAGCUUUAGAUGAAUUUCUCAUUGAAAUGACCAAAGACAUUGUUUCGAAACUGGAAGAUGGUAAUAAAAAUAAUUUCAACAUUCUACACGAAACAUACCAAAUAGAGAACUCAUUAAGUGAUUCAAAAUGGCCUAAAAUAAGCUGGCCGGAUUAUUUAAGAGUCAAUAUGAAAAGAAGCGAAUGCCAACAGUUUAUUGAUACUUAUUUGAAGAUCUUAGAACUCUUGAUUGUUAGAACUAUGAAUAAAGAUUCACUGUAUGUGGAUACUCUAAAUAAUUUUGAAGAUAUUAUUUCCUCUGAAAAUAUAUUUGACUACUUCAAGCUGAUUUAUGGUCAACGGGAAGAAUCGCUUACAAGAUUACUCAAUUUCUCAGAUUAUUCUAGCGCUGAAUACGUUGCCUUAUAUGAUGAAUUUCCUUUACCUGUAUCAGCCUGCUAUUUUAAACAUUCAAAGUAUGUUAGUUUGGGUAUGUCUUCAUACAACCAUAAAAAGAGCAAUUUAAUUAAUUUAUUCACAUUUUACAUUGAGAGAGAAAACGAUUUCCACGAAAACUUCCCAGCAAUACAACAUUUCAUAUCUACUUAUGGCAUUCUCUUUACGGUUGGAGAAAUAUUAGCAAUGUUACCGACUCAUUACCCAAUAAUUUAUUUACAAGAUUACUUGAGAAGCGUGAUAAUUGACUUGAAUGCUGAUCAUAGAGAUACAGACUUAAAAAAAAUCUUAAGCAAAGUCGAUAGUAAAUUUACUCGAGAUCUUUGUAAUGAUCUAGCAUAUGAGGAACGCCAAUAA